AGAAGUCUUAAGGUAUACUGUGUUCAGUCAGUCUGCUUCAAGUGUAUUACUUGAGUUUAUUCCAAUCUAACUGUUUCACGAGAGCGGAUUGCACAAUGCAAGCCAAUGGCCAAACGCCUAAAGUGUACGACAACAUCCUGCAGUGCAUCGGAAACACGCCGCUCGUGAAAUUUAACCGAAUACCCGAUAGUUACGGCCUGGAAUGUGAUCUAUAUGCAAAAUGCGAGUUCCUAAAUCCAGGAGGCUCGCUAAAAGACCGAAUCGCGCAUGCUAUGGUUAAUGACGCCACCAAGACAGGCCGCAUCCAGCUCGGCACCAGACUAGUGGAGCCCACGUCUGGCAACACCGGCAUCGGAGUGUCCCUCACUGCUGCGGUUUCUGGCAUCAAAUGCACUAUAGUGACUCCUGAUAAGAAUUCGGAUGAGAAAAUGAGUACGAUGCACCUGCUUGGCGCGGAAAUCGUACAGACCCCAGCGAUGGCCCACAUUGAUGACCCUGACAACUUCAUGAACGUCACCAAGAAGAUAUUGGAGGAAGAUCACAAGGCUAUUUCUAUGAAUCAGUAUUCGAACCCAAUGAACCCGCUGACGCAUUACGACUACACUGCCGAGGAGAUCAUAGACGCCCUGGGCACUGUGGACAUGCUCGUGAUGGGCGCCGGCACCGGAGGGACGGUCACUGGCAUCGGCCGCAAGCUCAAGGAGAAAUUACCCAACUGCAUCAUCAUUACCGUAGACCCUGAAGGGUCCAUCAUUUACGGGGAAGGCGAGCCAAAAUUAUAUUAUGUUGAGGGCAUCGGGGGAGAUUUCAUCCCGGAAGUGUUAGAUAAAAGAACGAUCGAUAGAUGUAUUAAAACCAACGAUAAGGAGGCAUUUAACAUGGCAAGGGAGAUUAUUAAAAAAGAAGGAUUGUUAUGCGGAGGAAGUAGUGGGUCCAUAACGUAUGCAGCGAUAAAAGCUGCUAAGGAAUACAAGCUCGGUCACGGCAAGAAAGUAGUUGUGAUACUUCCAGACGGAAUCCGCAACUACAUGACGAAGUUCGUGUGCGACCAGUGGAUGGAGGCUCAUCUGUUUAAGGAACCACCUGAGAGAGAUUACCCGUGGUGGAACAGAUUUAUUUCUAACUUAAAUUUCGAUUCCUCGAUACCAUCUGUUACGGAAAACAGGACAUGCAAGGAUGCUCUGAAAGCGAUGGGAGUGAAAAGCCAGCUGGCUUUCGUCGUAAACAGCGAUGGAUUCCUCCAAGGUGUUGUUUCCAAGGAUAGUUUAAGAUCUGAAGCCACAAACCCUAAGCACAAGGGUCCUAUCGAUUUGAACGAGGUGGUCAUCAAGCAUGUAAUGAAGAAACAUUACGUGAUAGCCGAGAACAAAGGCACCCCGACCGUGGGCCUGGCGUCCAGGAUGCUCGACAUAGCACCCUUCAUAGUCGUCGUCGAGGAAUAUGCUAAGGGAGACAAGAAAGUUCAAAUACCGAAAGGCAUUUUGACAUCUGACAUCGUUCUGGACUAUAUCAUCAAGCAUCAAGACCACAUCUAGAAAACCGAAGAAAGACAUCAGUUCAAAAUGGAACAAAAAAAGAAGAAAUGAAGAAUUUCUUAUCAUAGAUCUAUUUAUUGCAAAUAUUUUACCUAUUAUAACUUAAUAUUGUCAGGUAUAUGAUUAAAUACAAUGUACCUACAUAUUUUAAUAUCUGAAUAAAAGUACAAAAUAAAGCAAAAACUCAAA